GAUAUAUACACUUAUCAGAAGUUUUAAACAAAUCUAUUUAUUCGAUUGUUUUAUCUAUGAAUAAUAAUUGUUGGUUAGAGUUUUAUCUGCUCUCAGUGUUAUACUAUGUUAGUUAUAGUUAUAGUUCUUCUGUCUCGUUAAUAGGUACUGUAAUAUUAUAAUACCUUAUAAUAAUUGCGCGUGACGCACGUCUGAAUAUUAUGUUCGUUUCUUACAAUUUUACAUGUUUGCCUAUAAUAGUUCGAGUGUUUUUGCCGUUGAUUAUUCGGUUUUUUUAAACGCUAAAGUAUUAAAAUUUAUAGUUAUUAUGAGCUUCUCAAUUUUCACAAUUUCAGUGACAUUUUUUCUUUUGAUCGUUAAAGUUUAUCCAAAUACAACAUCAAAGUUACAUAAUAUACAAUGGUUACCUGACAACUGCAACAAUAGCAACAAUUGUUCAUCGCAGGCUAUUAAUAAUAGUGUAUGUAAAAAUGAUCGUUGUGAAUGUAUCGAGGGUUAUUACCUAGUGAAAGAUGAAGGUAAUUCCAGUAAGAGUUAUUGCGCUAAAUGUUCAUUAUUUCAAGAAAGUUGUGUGGUGACCCAAUGUUGUCAAAUGCCACAUGCUAAUGAAUGUUUAAACGGUGUAUGCGUGUGUCGUCCUAACCCGGAUGAAGAUUGCCUUAUGAAAAUUUACAGAAGUAAAUAUUCACCUACGUUGGGUGUACAAUUGGCUAACACUCUUUCAUUGUCAUUUGCAUUUGUAUUUUUAGCCAUCACUUUUGUUGCAGUCAUUAGGAAGACUUUAUUUAACUGCGGGUUUUGUAAUUGUGAUUCAAUAAGCAGAGCAGGAAGUAAUAGUUCUUUAAACGAAUUUAUUAAGGAAAAAAUGCAAAAUAGACCACCUAGUUAUGAUGAAAUCGAAAAAGACCGAAAAGUUCCUAUUUAUAUAAAUCAACCUCCUCCUGAGUACAAUAGUUUACGCCCAGGAAAAAUAGAAAUAUUUCGAGGAGUCAUUAAUAGAGCUUUUUCUAUAAGUGAUGAAGUAGAUAUGAAUAUGUCUCCUCCAAAUUACUCUACUUUCACUUCAGUAUCAAAUACUACUAUCAAACCUACUCUUACACAAUUAGCAGCAUCUACAAAUCAGUGUAGUGAAGAAGUAAUACUCACGAGGCCUAUUUAUAGUAGUAGUUCUCAACAAAGUUGAGGUAUUGUUUUGUUUAAAAUAUUUAUACAUUGUUUUUUCAAAAAUAAAUUACUAUUAUGUGAAAAACUAAUUUCACAAUCAUAAAAAUAUAUUUUUGUUUGUUAACAAAAUAUUAAUAUACUUGGUAUCACACAGUAAUUUAUUUUAAGUCAUUGUAAUAUAACUAUUUUUACUCAGUAUUUAAUUUAAACAAAGAUGUUUAAUUCGUGUAUAUAAAUUGUUUGUAUACAAUAAAGUGUUAUUUAAUUUUAUGCAACCCAAUUAAUUACAUACAAA